AUGCCACCUCGGGAUACCCUUGAAGUGAGAGGCUCUCGCGCCAACUUUGUAUACUCCACGCCCAAGGCAUCUGCGAGGGAGCCUAUGAGAGGGUGUCCCCGCCACAUGGCAUUCCCUUGCGCGCACCAAGUUUUUCAAGUGUCUCAUGCGGUCAAAGAGCUAUUUAUGAGAGACUUGGGUGAAGGCAAGGCGUCUAAAAGGGUAAGAUUGCUUACGUGCGCUGGACGCGGAGCGGAAGAGGAGGUUAUGUUGAUUAGAAUUAUCAACGCAGAGGCUGCAGACAAGGUUGCUCAUCCUUUUGCAGAGGAGUCUGAGUUUGAAGAAAAGGAUGACAGUAGCCCUACUCGGUAG